AUGGCAGCAAUUCUCGCAGAACAGGCCGUACCAGCUACGGCUACUCUAGCCAGCCGAGAAAUACCGCCACAGCCACCGGCACCAGUCGUCAACCCCAACCCAGAUUUUGAAAUCUCGUAUACUGGCAACACCGGCAACGACAUGGGGAUCUCCACCAUGGGAUUCCGUUCGGCAAAAUAUAAUCCGUCCGAAUGGAAUGAGGCCAAUUAUGCGAAGUACUAUCAGUCAUUCGUGGACAGGGACAGUUCUGAACGGGUGCUUCAUGAGUCCAGGAGGACGCAGAAAGAAACACAGGAGACAACUAACAAAACGCAAGCUGAAGCCACGAAAAAGUUGGCCGAAAGCGCUAAAAAUAUUGAAUUUUGGAAAUUUGAACUGAACAGAGAAAUCCAGGAUGUUAUUGAUGAGACGGAUCUUCUACUUGCUCAAAAAAAGCGACUGGAGAAUGCACUAAGAACAACAGAGGUGUCUCUUCACAUUGCCACCGAUAACCUGAACUGUCGCCAGCGGCGCCUGGGAGUCGAUUUAGUGCAAGAUGAUGUCGAAAUUUCUCUGUUGAAGGAAGUUGAAAUAAUCAAUAAUGUGCAAGAUCUUCUGAAAAACACCAUCAACCAAUGUGAGAAACAGGUCAGACUGAAUCGCGAUGCUAAGCAGAAUCUGGAGAUGGACUGGAGUGACAAAAAGGAAGCACUGGAGAUUGAUACUAGGAGUGGAGCCUUGCGCAACCACCACACUAACAAGCAAUUCCAUGAUGGAGCUGCCAAAUUUGAGGAAAUACAAUCCACCCCUGAAUCAUGGGCUCAGUUCUCCCAUGACAACAUUGCUCGAGCUGAGCAUGAGCGUAUGGCCAGCAUUCAGCUGCGUACACUUGUAGACAAUGUGCUGGAAGAUACGUCCCGGGACAUGCGUGAACAGGCAGACCACGUGUAUGCCAACUUUGUCAACAGGAUUGCAGAAAUGGAAGAUGCCAAGGCCAAGCUGGAAGAGAAUCUCACAAAGGUAGUGAAACAGAUCAAAGACCAGGAACAAAAUCUUGAAGACCUGCAGCAGGCAAUCAGGGACAAGGAGGACCCACUCAAGGUGGCUCAGACCCGCCUGUACAACAGAACAUACAGGCCUGGAGUGGAGCUGUGCCGUGAUGCUCCCCAGUACCAUUUGGUUGGUGAAGUGAAUGAGAUCAACCAAUCCAUUGAUGCACUGAGACAAAGACUCAAUGAAGCUCAGAACUCACUCAAGGAUCUACAGGACAACCGCAUGGCUUUAGAGAAGGAAAUCUCUUAUAAGAAAAACAGUAUUUUCAUUGAUCGUGAUAAAUGCUUGACCGUCAGAAACCGAGUUCCCUCCAGUAUCAAGUUGAUGGGCUAUCAGUAA